AUGGGCGGCGACGGCUGGCUGCGCAGGAGGUCGGCGGUGGCCUGCGCCGCAGGGAGGUGCGGUGGCGACGGGGCGGCGCAGGGAGGGGAUUUUUAUGCAGGGAGGGAGAGUUGGCGGCGCGGCUGCCGACGCCAGGAGGGGCGGAUGCGGCUCGCGGCGCGGCGCGGCGGCAUCGCAGGGAUGGGCGGCGUCGACCAGGAAGGGAGAGCUGGGGGCGCGGCUGCGGUGCAGGGUGGGACGGCAACGGAUAGCAGCGUAGGGAGGGGCUGCUGCGGCGGCGGCUGGCGAAGCGGCGGCGGCGGCUGGCGAAGCGGCGGCGACGCAGGGUGGGACGGCGACGGCUAG